UGACCUUUGUGCAACAGACUGGGCGGCCGGUUCGUUGGUAGUAAACCGAGGUGUGGAGAAACUACUAAACUCUUUUCGAUCGCUCUCUCACUCACCGCUCAUAUUUCGGAGAUUUACGGCGUGGCGUCUUUCAGUUUGUUCUUACUGCCGAAAGGUGUUAGGUGCUGUCGUCUGGAGAAUUGGUGCUCAGUGUUGAUCGUUUCUGUUUUCGAUUUUUAAUGUCUAGUCUAUUCCGGUGCUCGUGAGCAAGGCCACAAAUUGUAACCAAUAUCAUCAGUAGAGAUUAAAGUUUCUGUAUCUGUAUCAGCAAUCAGUUAACACGAGUUGAACUAAUGUAUACGCAUACAGAACACGCAUUUGACUGGAGAGUUUCUAAAACCGAAAGCGGAAUUAUUUAAUUCAUGUGCCAUACUAGCAAGAUGAUGGAAUCACCGUGUGAGAUAGAAACAGAUGAACAAGUAAACAAACAAAACAUUGUUGCGAAUGCGUUGCUUGUCGAUCCAGUAAAACUGGAAGCAGAAAUUGCUGUGAGUCAACAAAUCCUAGAAGAUCACCUACAUGAAGCGACUAGUUCCGAAAAGUAUAUCUACAAAAAAACUGGAACAACUCAGACUGAAACAGAGCCUAAAGAUGAUCAAAGUGUUUGCGAUGAUAAUGAUAAUAUUCGACCCAAGCCACACGAAUUUGAAAAGCAAUGUAACAGUGAAAUUUUGAACAUUAUCAUUGAAAACGACGAAGAAGACAGAACGAAUAAACUAUGGGAAAAAGAUAAAAUUACGAAAACAAUUAUUCGCAAGAAUUGUAUAAACAAAAACGAGGAAACACUCGAGCUUGAAAAUAAAGUUCUCGAGUUGUCCCAACAAGUGGAUGUCGAACGUUCGAGGGUGCAAAAGUUGGUUAAAAAUCUCAAGGAUAAAAAACAGAGAUUGGACAAACGGACUGCUGAAUAUAAUGAGCUAUCAGCACAGCUAGUGGACAGCAUGCAAGAUACUGAUGCUUACAAAGAACGGAUUGAGACUCUCGAGAGAUCACUGCAACUUAGUGCAGCUUCACAAGAUAAGUUACUUACUGAUUUAGAGGCUAUCAAACAAAAUUCGGAUAAAAGCUUGCAAGCACAGAGUGAGCAAAGUCAAAUUUUGCAAGCACAACUGGGAGAGGCUCGUGAACAGAUUCUUCAUUUGGAAUCACAAAACCAAAGAUUAUGUAUGAAUAAUUCGGAACAAAGAUCUACUGUAUAUAUUCUGAAGAAACAGGCUCAAUUAGACGAUAGGAAGAUAAAUGAAAAUGUUCAGCACGUGAAAGAGGAUGUGUGUGAUGAACACAAGUCACUAGUAGUAGAUCAUUGCACUUCAAUGCACACAAUGAAGGCAUAUUGCCUAAAAGUAGUACCAUCAGGGCGUUCGGCUGUAGAUGAUAAUAAAUUGGAUCCUUUGAAGGAACAGGAGUUGAUCAAGCAUCGGAAUGGUAAGCAGACUUAUGCAUAUAGCAAAAUAUCAGAACAGUCAGUUGAAAAUUUCAAAAGUUCAGAUUAUUGCAAGGAAAAUAAUAAAAAUCCUGAAACAUUACUACAACAUUGUACGACUUCGGAAGCUAAACUACUUCCAGACUCAGAGCGUCACUUGAAAUACUCCGACGAGGUUUUGCAAAUUUCGAACGCUCAACUGAAGGAGACUGAAGAACAGAUUGUUUAUUUGCAACUGCAAGAUCAAAAAUUGAGUUCGAUGGCAUCAAAAAAUGAGAGCGCCGCCAUUCCAGGUAAUGAAGGAUUUCGAUUCGUUGAUGUGCAAGUGUAUGGAGAAAAAGAAGCGCUUGAUGAACUAACGUUACUUCGAGAAGAGAACCGUGAUUUGACUAUUGCAGUUGAAGAACUUUCUAUGAAAAUUGUUUCACUAGAGCAUCAGAUAGUAAAAGCAGAAGGUCACGAUGACCACCUGGAUGAUGAUGCUUUGGAUGCGAUCAUUUCGAAAAGGCUGAACACACUAUCCAAACAAUUAUCGGAAAGCACAUUGGAUUUUGAUUCUAAAGAAAUCACGAUAUCAAUGAACGGGACAGUUAAGGAAGACGAAAUGUUUCAUUCACUCCAUGAGGAUCAAUUCGAAGGAAGAAAUCCUCUUAAGCUGUUAGAUGAAAAAUUAACGGUUAGAGGUAAAAGCAUUCAAGAAAUAGAUGAGAUUUAUCGCAAUAGAGAAAAACUAUUGGCGAAAUUGUUAUCAUUAGAAAAUGAUAUGGAAGAAUCAGCCAACAUCCGAGAACAUUUGGAGAAGGAAGUACGGGCUUUGAAAGUUGAUCUUGGUGAUUUGGAUCAGCAAUUGAAAGAGUUAAAUGGAAAAGUUGAGAACCUCACGAAGAAGAAUGAUAAAUAUAAGCAACAGCUAAAAAUGAAAACUGAUGAGAUAAAAUGCAGCACAUUCGAGCUGAUAGAAGCUCGUAAGUCAAUCAAGAGUUUGAAACAAGAAAACGGACAACUGCUUCAGAAAAUUAAUUCUGCAGAAUCUCAAAACACAAAUUUAACCAAAACAGUAAAAGAAUACAAGUCAGUGAUAACCGAACAAGCUUUAAAGUUAGAAGAAAAAGUUAGUCUUGAGCCACGGUUACGGUAUCGUUUAGAAGAAGCUGAGAAGAUAAAAGCCACAUUGGAACAAGAGCUCAAAAAUUUGCAAGCUAAAUAUCGAACAGAACCCGAGACUGAUUGUGAUUUUACGAUCUCUCAGCAAAGGUCGAGAAUUAAGUUUGAGAAUAAUGAGAUUAAAAUGAACAAAGUUGAACCGAAAUUAAUUGUAGAAAUAAAAGAUUCACUAGAUGAUGUGAGUCAUCAACAGCUCAAGUACACCAAAAAGGAAAAACCCAUCACUGAACUGAGUGAAUGCUUCAGUAAACUCGAACGAGUGAAGACUUCAUUGCAACAGCAACUGAAAGUGACGCAAAUUGAGCCCCUCAUUACUGAGAAAAAGAUUGAAUCGCGAAAUCAGACACCGAGCACGCAGCUAACGGAUGAAGGAAUAAGUAAUAGUAGCCAGUUUCUCGAGAUUUUUGAUUCUAAACUAUCGUUUCCUGUAAAUGUAGAUCAUCCAAAGACACAACAUUGUGAAAGUGUCAAAUCUCAGCAAAUCAAACAGCAAAAUAAGCAUAAUAUGGAUUGUAUUCGUAAGUAUGUGAACCGGAAACAAAAAUCUUGGCGUCGAAACGAACAUGACAGUCAACGUAAUCUUUUAUCGGAAACAUGAGAUUCGAGGGAUACAAUGUUCAAUUGACCAGGGUGCUGGAAUCUUUCUUUAUUUGCAGUUAGUUGUUUGAGUGUGAAUACUUAAAGGCAUAAACUUCUGAGGUAGAGUAUAGAUUAUUUCUAUAUAAAUCUCCCUGAACUUUAGAAAAAUAAAACUAGUUACUAAAAGCAGAUCAACAAACGCAAUCUUAACGCAUAAAAAGCAGAUAUUUAGGCUUAUCUAAGAUAUAUGCGGAAAUGCCAGAGUUACUGCCUUCUGUUGAGUGAUCAGCUGCAUGAUGUUUGGGGAACAUUUAGGAUGGCGCAGCGAACAUUACCCCAUCGAAAUUAUUCAACAAACUUUUUUGAAAUAUUUUCAUACAUGUUCGUCACACGAUGUUUUUGGUGUCAUCAUUAGAAUUAGGUCUUUAAAUAUUAACGUGCCAAGCAGGAGGAGCGUAGCAGUAAAAGCUUGUGAUUCAAAUGGGGUAAAAUUGUUUGAUAACCGCUGGAUUUUUGAGCUUUUGAUUCAAAUGGUGUAAAAUUGUUCGAUAACGUCUGGAUAGCGACGUUACGAAUGAGCCUAUAUCGUAGUCAAUCUAUCCGAUACUUGGACUGAUUGAACUCGAUACUUGGACUGAUUGACUGAUGAAACUCGACAAAAUUCACCGGGUGACAGCGAUCUCCGAUUUGCAUUUCUGUAUUUUUCUGUAAAUCUGCAGAUUUCUUACUAGUACCUGCAGAAUUUCAUAUACUUUUAUCAGAUAUUCUACAGUUUUCCGAUGUUUUCUGCAGAUAGAAAACAAAACAUGCCUAAUUUUAUUUCUGUUUGCUAAAUUUAUUAUGGUGGAGCACUUUUUUGAUGCACUUUGUAUUCAGAAACUUAAAAAUUGGUCUUGGUUUCUUUGCUGGGUGAAAACCCAGCGAGAAAUCAAACGAAAAUAUUUCAAAAUCAUUUGGUCUUACUAAUGAAUCAUUCAUCAUAUGGCUUCUACUGAACAGAAAAAUGUCUGUCAGCCACCUGUGUCAAAAAUAGAUCUUAAUUGGAUAACUUCAUUCACCAGAAAUUUAUAUAUCUGCCCCGAAGGAGAUAUAUGUGGUUACCAGAUGUCAGUAAUACUUCUGACUAAAACCGAAGAAUAGUAUUCUUGAAUGAAUUCCAAAUGAAGGCUGACUCCAGUGCAACAACGGACCAACGGAUUCCGAAUGAAAUUUGCCACCUAUUGAUUGACUAAUUGAUCCUACGACGUUUAGAACGCCAUUGUCAAUUGGAAUAAUCGAACACCAUUAAACGAGCAGCCCAGCAAGUAUGCAUUUCUUAGGCCGCUUGAGAAAUAAUGUGCGUCAAUGAAAAGUUUAUGUUCAAAAUAUUCUUGUACAUGUAACAAUGUAAGCUAAUCCAGAUAGCCCAAGACUGCUAAACAUAUAAAUUUUCAAUAGUGGCUUCUAGUCAAAUUUUAUGGUAAACUGAGGAAAAAUUCGUAUGAUUGUUAACAAUUGUAAAUACUAAUAAAAUAA